CGGAAUGUGGUUCGUGCGUACUGUGUGUGGCUGCGUCUUCGUUUCUUCUGCUGUCGUUGUUUUCGUCUUUUUCCCGGUGAAGUAUCGUUAUACCGUUAUUCGAAAGAAGCAGCUAAUAGUACAGCAAUACGUAUUGUUUCGACGCAAAUGAUCGUCCCGUAGUUGAUGUAAUACUUCUCGAUGCUUUCGCUGCCAAGUCCGGUGCGACGUUUGUCAAAUAGACUGUCAUGCACGCCCGUACUAGUGUUUCGUUCGGUGCUCCCGCUCGCGGUCGAGAAUGACGUAUCGACACGCGCGGACGACGCGCGAACACGCACGUAACGGGCGGAGCGUCGUCGGACAAGAGCAACGCGACGGUUGAGAAAGAGAUCGCGAAAAAAACAACAACUUCUGGAUCAAUUGCCUGUGGAUACGCGCCAUCGAAUAAUGGCAAUUUCGAGCUGGAUGAUGUGGGGCAGGAACCUACGCACCAGCCGAUCUCAUCGAAGCCGCCAAGACACCGAGGACAACUGCGUUCAGCUCGACCUGUCAAGAGGAUUAAAGGAGAAUAUCAAGGAAGUCUUAACUAAUCUUUGCCAGCGUCACAAUGUUUCAAGUGUAAAGAAAUUAGCUUAUCUUAAUGCUGUUGUUAAGUUGAUCAGCGAAACAGACUCCCAAGAUUAUGGAUAUUCUACAGAGGACCUGUUCUGUUGUUUACGCGUGGUACUGGUGCAUGAGGCAACGCAGGUACGUGCUGCCGCACUACGAGCAAUACGUUACAUGCUUAAGAAGGAACAAGAUGUCAUUACAAUCAACAAAUUGCAAUAUCCGUACUUCCUAGCACGUAGCAUGGAUGUCAAUUUGCGGAACGAGAUGGAGAGAAUGCAGGCUCUGCGACUUGUCAGAAGGAUUCUGGUACUAGCUCCAAAGCAUUUCAGUCCUGCUCUAGCAAGAUCGUUGAUCAGUUUGACGAAUGGCGGAAUUGAAGAGCGAGACCGUGCAUUUAGAGCAUUUUUGGCAACCCUAUGCGAACUGGGCGUUCUGAACUCCAAUCUAUUAAUAAGCUGCGGUGGUGUUGGUACUUUAGCUAGGGCUGCGAUGAGUGGUCAGAGCACCGCUGCAGUCGAGGCUGUAGUAGGAGUUCUACUUCGACUACUGAACAGCCCUGAUACUCGUAAUAGUGUAUCCCUCUUGUGCUUUGCCGCGCCUUAUUGUGAGUUGCAUUCUUCGAGCAUGGAAAGAACCAAAGAAGAGCGCGAGCAGAAGUUUGCAGCGAGCAAGCUGGCUCUUCUGAGCAUAUUACGUUCGUAUUCGGGUGUCCUGCACUUCUGCCGACCAGACAAUAAUUCGGGCCUGAAGGCUAUCGCGGAUAUUCUAUAUGUGGAACAGUUGGAAGUACGCGGGGCUGUAUUGGAGCUGCUUUACGAGCUGUUGGAUUUACCGCUGCCCACGUGGACCGAUGAGCCGGACGUUGCACUGGCCGCAGUAGAUCCCAGCAGAUCGAGAGACUCGUGGAAAUUAUCCGAGGGUUUUGUCGCUGCCGAGGGAAAGUUUAUAUUGCCCUCUCUGUCAUCGCAUUGUCCCAACAUCACAGAGAUACACUCGGCGUUGUUGAUCUACGUCCUCUUGGAAUGUGGUUUGCAUCGUGCCCUCGCGGAGACCAUCGUUUCCAGCGACACGUUUAUCUCGGUACGCGCAGCGGUACUUCUAGGCGCUCUAUUACAUCUCGCGCACUCGCUCUUGCCAUCCGAACUUUGCGAUCUUACCCCGCCGCUACCGAAUUUGCUGCAGCAUGCGAGCGCGGGCAAACAUCAGGCGUUGGCAGCAGUAACUAUUCUCGAGCGAAUGCACACAAUGAUGCGACGCAGACCUACGCCGGCAAGUCUCUUUCUCGAUCGUAUACUACAAGCCGGCACCUGGCUACGACCGACCUUACCUCGGCGUCAACGACCAUCUGGCAAGCAUUGGUUACGAAUUGGUAGAGAAUCGCCGAUCACACCGUUGUUGAAAGACGCGCAGGUGCUCAGUACAAAAGAUGCGCUUGCCUGGAACUGGCCAGUGGUGCGAGCAAUUCUGCGAUCGCGUGAGGAUUCCACGCGAAUCUUGCACGAUUCCGAUCACCGGUUAUUCAUGAAACGACUUGUGCGCUAUUUCAAACCCUCGUGGAAUGGAUACAGCCGAGUUGAGCUGGGCACGAGUGCAACUCUGGCGCGCGAAGCGACUCUCGCUGGUUGCGAUUUGCUCAAUUGUCUUUUGGAACUGCACGAGCCGGAGGGCGCGCGACUUCUCAAUGAGUUGAUCGGUGACAUUGCCGAGCAAAUCAAUAAUAUCAGCACCGCCGAAUCCGCACACGAUUGUCUUUUCUCGCCGCGUCACAUGUCCACUACGUGUUGCCAGAAAUACUUUCUGUUUCUCGGUCAGUUGAGUCACUCGGCUAAAGGCACGGUGGUCCUCAAGAGUUUUAACCUAUUGGAAAAGCUUCAAGAUCUCGCGCUUGCCACCAAUCACGACUGUUACGUCAAGUUAAUCGUAUCUAGCCUGGAUUACUCACGAGAUGGCCCGAAUAGAAAGGUGUUAAGCAAAAUCAUAUCUGACGCAACGCUAUGGAGCACGCGACUUUACGCCACGCAAUUUCUACGGCUGAUACUUCGCGCGAGAAUGACGGAUGCCGUGCGUUGGGCAAUGUUAUUGUUGGUCGAUCGCUUGUCGGACAAUUCCACGGCUGUAGCGCUGGCCGCACUGGAAGCGUUACACGAAGCUUGCGAGGAAACCGAAUAUCUCGAGGCGCUUCUUCAGCAGGGCGGACAAUCGCGCAAUUGGGACAAGUGGUUGCAGCAUUUAGGUGACAAGGGUUAUCUGCUAAAGAUUCGAUUCUACUCCUUGCAGCAAGGCUUUGCGAGUUUUGCUAUGCCGUCAGAAGAAUUAGAGAAAUGGAUCGGGCCUGGCGGCUUUGCCGAACGAUACGUAGGCCUUGUGGAAGGGGAGAUACACGACGCGUUGACGCGUCGUCAACGCGACGAGACCGGUAGCUACCAGAGAAGAACCACCAACAUACCAAUGGUACCGCGCGAUAUCUUUGUGCCGCCUCAUCUGAUCGGCCAGCUAGCACAGCACGACUUGGGUAUGCAAUUGCUGUUGCGUCGCAACGUGAUACAGCGCUUUGCUCGAGUGCUGCAGCGAUUCAAGCUGGAGUUCGGCGGUCGUGAUUCAGAGUCUAAUUUGCGAUGCACCAGAACAAAUCGUUUCAUAGCUGCUGCCACUGCUGCUGCUGCUGCUGCUGCUACUACCACUAUCACUACCGCUAUUACUGCUACUUCUACUACCACUACUACUUCUGCUACUAUUACUACUGUUACUGCUACUGCCAUUGCUGCUACUACUACCGCUACGACCUCCGCCAUUGUUACCGACGACAGCUGUAUCAUGUCAGAGGAAUCCACAGAUGAAGCGAUGGAUCACUACAGCCGCCUCGAAACCAUUUUCGACUCCGAAGUGGUGGAAAGCGUGGUCCGGGACACAAUUACUUCAGAGUCGUUGGAGAUCCGUCCCAAAACUAAUGUGGACAAUUCUCGGCACACCACUCCGGAACGAAGUUGGAGACUGGAAACUGGCGAGUUGUCGCGUGACGAUUACUUCGUUGAUUCGAAUGGCAGCCUGCUCAAAGUGAAAUCGGCUCUGUGGGCGCUCGGACAUGCGGGCACGUCUGCCGCCGGCGUUGAACAUCUCAGUCAUUUGGGUAUAAUCGAGAUGAUUACCUCCAUGGCGGAGACUUGUCAAUAUUAUUCAGUGCGCGCGACCGCGAUGUACGCUCUCAGUCUGAUUGGUACUACUCGCGCUGGCGCUGAUGCGCUCAUUAAUUUUAACUGGCCGUGCGUUCGACAUCGACGUGGAGACAACUGGCCCGUGGUGUCGCCCUCGACUAGAUAUUCCGUUCCGAGCCCGGUCCCUGUGCAGCGGCAUCAUCGCAGCCUCAGCGACGGCAAGCCGGAACUGCCUGAACCGAUUGCACGCCGAACUAGAAAUCGAUCCGAGAGCGCGGCUACAGAUCUCGAAGCGAGACGCUACAUUCUUCCAGACAGAGGCGAAACUCCAAGUCCCGUUUCCAGCAUACAGAGACUAAGCCAACAAGACGCUGAAGGAUAUGCGCGAUUACGUAGUUUACAACGUCAUCGCAGGCCAAGUUACUCUCAAAGUAGUUUAGAAAUGUAUAGUUUAGAUGGCCGUCUUUCGCUGCAAAGUCUGUCGGAGUACGAUUCGUCCCGCAGCUGGAUCGCAGAGAACGCGGUUCUCACACCUACUCCCCCUCCACCGGAAGACGACAAUGAGAAUUUAUUCUACAUAGGUAUCUGUCUGCCAAGAAGACUUCUCGCGAUCUUUCCCGAGCCCCCACAACCGUCGAAACCGAUUAUUCUGGAGGAUAUCGUCAGAUCGGAGUUGGAGACGACAGAGAUUGAUGAGGAGUCAAGCUCGGACUACGAUAUCGACUUCGAGCAUUGCCGCACGUGUCUCGUUUGUUAUCACGGUAAAAGUGGCAAGACCGCAAGCACCGAGCAGGAUACGAAAUUGCGAAGAGAAAUACUUAAGCAUACUCAGCGGCUCGCGAAUCCCGUGUUGUAUCGUAACAGCCGUCAGUCGUUGCUCAGAUUGAGACAACGGUAUCCCGAAAAAUUUCAGGACACCUGUUUGUUUUCGGAUGUGGCCGCUCGCUUGAGUAGUGGCACGUAUAGAAUGCCAGCGAGACGAUUCCUGCAAGAAUUAUUUCUCGAUUCUGCAUUUGACGCACUUUAUGUAGAACCAAUCAACAUUCUGAACAUACCAAUCGGAACGGAGGAGAAUCCGCUCCAAUCAUCACCUGUUGUUCCUAUUUCUGAAACUAGCCAUCGGCAGCAGUCUGUCAGUUCUGUCGAGGGCAAAAUCAAUGGGAGACUCACUCUGACUGAAAUACAAACGGCACAACUUGCGUCGGUCGCUGAAGAAGGAUUCUCAAUGAGGGGUGACAAGUCGACGUGCAACGUAUCGCAUCAAUACAAAAAGAAGCAACCUCCUCUUCAAGAAAUUAAGCGGGAAGCGCAGGAUCGGCUCAGCGACGAGAAGAUCAUAGCCGAUAUUCUGAAGCCGGAAGAGCGGAUACGUUUGUCAAAGAGUUCUGACAGAUCGUUAAAAUUAUCGGGUACAAACACUGCCAUCAGCCUUGAUUCGUAGUUUUUCAUCUUUUGAUUACUACUAUUGUACAUAAUUUUGUAUGAAAUAAUACUACGUACACACACACACACACACACACAAAC